GUGGGAGGAAUCGUCAGCUUCUUAUACGUGGCGAGCAGCGAAGCGGAAUGCAAUGUGGGGAAAGAGGAGGAAGAAGGAAGAACUUCAUGAUCGAGAAUUGGAAGGGGGGAGAUCUUGAUUCCCCCUGUACAUAUCUCAGCUAAAGGAAUCCAAUCAAUGCUAGCGAUAAGAAGGAAGCACGGCGGCCUUUCUUGCGGGCGGCACUUGGAGUAGAGAACCUCGAAGCAGGGCGGCAAGUUCAGUUCACCUUCAUGGGAGCAAAAGAUCAGAACCCUUGCACAAGGAGGACUUGCACAAAAGCAUUAAAGGCUGUCUGACUUGGGUGCGCUGGUCGCUGACGUCAGCCGCUAGAUGACGUCUUGACUCCAACCAGGUUCAAACCAGUCUGCGCCAGCGCCUGUUUACAAAGAAGCGCUAGCUGCUUCUCGGAACCACAAGUUUCUUUCAUCCAAUUGGUCUCAACCACAGCCGCAUUCAGCCUUGCUUAGCUAAAACCCACCGAGGGCUUAGCUACAGAACAAACGGGGCUAACCAUACGUCUGAAUCAAUGGGGUUGUUCCCGCACUCAGAGUUGCGCCCAAUUGGGCUCCCCUCGUUUCUCUACUCGACAAGCCCUGGGGUGUUGCAGGCAUUGGACUCAGCAUCCAAUGCUGCCCGGUUGGAUCAGCCCCCACCAAAUGUUGGACCGUCCGAGCCGCAUGCAACCUCACAGAGCACUAGAUCUGCGAUUGGCCAGUCGUCAAAGUUCAUGAUUCCGCAAAUGGCGGAGGCUCAGGUACCCAAGAAGAAGCUGGAACUUUAUUCCACUGGGUACUACGCCGCUGCGUUCGCCGGGGGGGCGCUCGCCUGUGGGCCCACGCACUGGGGAGUCACCCCCCUGGACGUGGUAAAGUGCAACAUGCAGAUUGACCCCAAAAAGUACCGAACCAUUCCAUCGAGCUUUGCAAUCACGUGGCGCGAGGAGGGCAUGCGAGGCUUCCUCAAAGGCCACUUCCCCACCUUCAUCGGCUACUCCUUUCAGGGCGCGUUCAAGUACGGUGGCUACGAGGUGUUCAAGAAGUACUACUCCGACCUGGCGGGGCCUGAAAACGCGGUCAAGUACCAGCAGCUCAUUUUCGCCCUUGGCAGUGCAUCUGCGGAGGUUUUUGCGGACAUCGCGUUGUGUCCGUUCGAGGCGGUCAAAGUGCGCGUGCAGACGCAGCCGGGUUACGGCUUCGGGUUAGUGGACGGGUUACCAAAGUACGUGGCGGAAGAUGGUUGGGCGGGGCUGUAUAAGGGGAUUGUGCCCUUGUGGGGCCGGCAGAUCCCUUACACGGUCAUGAAGUUUGUGUCCUUCGAAAACAUCGUCGCGGCUCUGUACCGCAACGUGGUGCCCAUUCCCAAGAACGAGUGCUCCAAGAACACGCAGCUCGGGGUCAGCUUUGCCGGAGGAUACCUCGCGGGAAUCCUUUGCGCGGCAAUCUCCCAGCCCGCCGACAACAUCGUCUCGUUCAUGAACAACAAGAAGGGCGCCGCGUUCGGGCAAGCCGUCAAGGAGAUUGGCAUGACGCAGCUCUUCGUCCGCGGGCUGCCGCUACGGAUCGUCCAGAUUGGAACACUGACGGGCCUCCAGUGGGCUAUCUACGACUCGGUCAAGGUGUGGUUUGGAUUCCCCACAACGGGAGGGCACUGACAUUCAUUAGCUAGUAAGGUUUGUGGAGCUUGAAAGCGCCUUGGUUUUGCGCGGGGCGUGAAUGUUGUUCGAGUUGCGGCUUUUGUAUUGUACGCAUAUUAUAGCGGGCGGACGGCCAAGCAUGAAGGUUCUAGUCGGCUCGUUUUGUCAGAUGUCUCAAGAAGCCAAAAGCUAGAGGGCGAUGUACAGUGUUGUAGGACGAAUCAUACAGUAGCUUCCAGAUUCUGCCCCCCAAGUUGGUUUCAGUUAAGUGUACAUGUUCCUCCUUGUAAUAGAUACAUCUCACACUUAUCGCGCUUCAUGAAGCCCUUAUUACAGGUCUAAGGGUCCGAC